UUAGAAACCGUGUACAUAGCCGAACAGCACCUCUGCCAGCCGCUCAGAGGCCAUAGCCACCGUCAUCUCACGGCUCUCAGCCAUGUCGUUCAACUCCUCAUGCAAAAGUACUGCAAGGAAACGCCAGGCAUCGACGACCUCGGCCGCUGGGCCCCCGACUCGGACGGGUUUGCCUUCCUAGUCGCGAUCGAUUCUGCGUCGUCCGUCGUUGAGUUGCAAAGUCACCCGCUUCUAAGACAUCGCGAUACCGAGUGUCUCCUCGGUCUUGUCAGUUUGACACGCGUUGCGGUUUUCCCGCGGGAGUACGUAUGUGGAGACAGGGCAACACCGGUGCCUAAUUGA